GAUCGCACACAGAAACACACCGCACACAGCUCAGCGUAUCCGCGACACACGCUCUGUCGCGACUGACUUACCACUGGCUACUAAUCGUGACUGCGUUUUUGCAGGCUUACUCAUUCAUUCACUCACUCACAAACCAGCUGCGAGAAAAGACGUGGAUACAUUAUACUAUCAUGAGCAUUACCAGACUAUCAAACCUAUCAUUUGGAAAACAUUAAAACUAUCACACGGAAAUCAUCUAAAUUAUCAUCCACAUCCACCCUUCCAGUUCAUCGAAGGUGAGUUCCAGUUGAUUGAAAUCAUAUUCUGCGCAUCAAAGUUUUGCUGGUAUCGCAAAUGCGGAAACCGAUCUGGAUAAAACGACUAUAUAGAACAGAACUUGAUAGCUGUUUUGCGCGAGUGAAAACAACUCUUCAUUUCAGAGAGCGUGACGUACUUGAACAAAGCAGACAACUUGACUAACAGGCAACUAGUGGUCACAGAAUCAUCACAAUGUCGGAAGCGCAAGCAUCGUCGAGAACACCGCCGCUGCCACCCCUGAUUAAGCUCGAGCCCGGUACUAUUCAGACUUCUUCGAUCGCGUCAUCGACCUCGUAUGAGACGGCCAUCGCUGCACACAACAUAGAAGCUACCAGCAUGGAUAUCUCUCAUUCAGACGUGAAACCGAACAUUCAGAUGCAGCACAUCAAACCGAAAGGUUUGGAGACCAACAUCACUCUCUGGCAAUUUCUUCUGGAGCUGCUGAUGGACAAAGCCCGCCAGCACCUGAUCACCUGGACGGGAAACGAGGGAGAGUUCAAGCUCCUCAACGCCGAAGAGGUUGCUAGACUGUGGGGCCUACGGAAAAACAAGACCAACAUGAACUACGACAAGCUUAGUCGUGCCCUCCGAUACUACUACGACAAGAAUAUCAUCAAGAAAGUUAUGGGGCAGAAAUUUGUCUACAAGUUCGUCUCAUUCCCCGAGAUCGUCAAGACGGAGAACAAGAUUCCAUUCCGGGUGAAGAUGGAGAGCAUGGAUGUACCAGCUACGAGCCAGCGCCCUCGCAGCUAUCCCAGCGUCAGCAGAAGCAAUAGCCCCAAUGUCAGCACCAGCGAUGAGAAAGACAAAGGAAGAGCCACACCAGUUAAGAGUCCGCAAAGAUUACUCCACACUCCAAGUCCAGUACCUAGGUCACCACGCCCAUCUUCGGCGGAGCUCAGGAUGCUAGCGAAGCAAGUAGAUCGUGAGAAAUUCCAGUGGACGACGUCCUUACGCAGAGAAGGCGAUGAGAUGUUCUCAAGACCACCCGUGACAGUGAAUGUUCAGGAGGUCUACAUCACAGAAGCCAGGUUAAAUGGCGAAACCAAGUUGGUCAGCACUGGUGGUCGGCCGAUUCCGUGCAGCACGUACACAACUGCCAGUAGCGACGGACGCACUGGUCAUCUAAGAGCAAAGUCCCCAUUGGUCACUGGUUCAAGCUUGGGCAACAAACCAAAGCCCCUACAGCUUUCAGUUCCAUCAACUAUCAAGGGUUCUGAGUCAUCGACGUCAUCACUGGGGAAACCUGGAAGCAGUCCGUCAUACUUGCACGCGGGUGCCUUAUCCGCUGCUUACGGCCACUCACCACUCCCCGGCACACCCAUCAUGGUCGCUAGUCCUCUCCUUGGUCAAAAUGGCACACCACUCGUGCCCAUCCACUUCUGGAGUACCCUAAGUCCACUUACGCUUAGCCCUUCGCUUAAUAGCAAUUCCUCCUUUCAGUUUCCCACACUGGUCAGCAAUGGAUUGAGUUCUCCUCUGACGGUAAAUGGUGUCCCGGUCACACCGACUGUUCUCUUGUCACCAGCAUCAACGAAACCAAUCUUCGUGUCAUAACAAAAAGAAUAUGCUAAUAACAAUGACUGCAUAGUAGAACCAUUCAUUGGCCCGCCAUUUCGGGAACAGUUGAACUUGGUUUCAAGAAUACAUUUGGUCCUGCUCGUAACCCUGUAUAGUUUAUGCAUUGUAAGGUCACAAGAGAAGAAAAUGUAUCUUUCCAAGGAUUGUAAAUGUCGCGGAGGAAAAGUUGCACCUUGUAGGAGUAGCCAGGGAACCAAAAAGGUUUCAUAGAACAUCACAGCUGCACAUCGGCACGAACUCUCUUUGCAUCCUGUUUUUAUGUUCCUAUACGAAAUGGCGGGUCGGUCUGUACAGCUCACAAAAUACUUGCCUUGUGUCAUUCCUUGUUGCAUCAAUCAAGAACCAGACUGUAAUGCAGCGAUACUGGAUAAUAUCUUUUUAAGUAAGGCUGUGCCUUAUUUCUUAAAGCAAAAGGACACUUAGAGUAAAUAUUCAACUGCUAUGUUUCUAUUUUUAUAUAAAAAAGAGUGAUUUAUUUUUCUUGCUUUUACGUUUGAAAUGGCUAUACAUUGUGAAAAAGCACUUCUCUAAUGCUCAAACUAGAACAACUCCUUGCGCCAUGCAGAUAUUAUACAAUGGACCAAAUAUUUCUGUUUUGUUUUUGUGAAUUAUUAUUAUUUUGUAUACAUUGUACAGUCUGGAUGAUUUAAUUUAUUUUGCUUCACAUACAUACUCCACUAUAUUAUAUGUUUUUUCAUAAUGUGUAAAUACUUAUUUUCCCCAUGAUAUUUAAAUGAAUCGAUUUUGAGAAUUGACAUGUUCAUGUAGAUCAGACUAUUGAAAAUCUAAAUGCUUUUAUGAAACACAGUUGCUGCGUGAAUAACCGAUUUCAGGAAAGUAAAAAAAUUGUCAAAAAUGUAUGUAGUUAGUUCAAGAGUUUAAAGUUUAAAUGGUAUGACUUAUGUUUGUGAUGACGACAUCGCCAUGUUUAAUAGCUCAAUCGUGGAAUCUUUUCCCGCGAGACAGGCAGGAUGUUUCCGAUUUUGCAUCAUUAUUACAAAAUUACAACAAGCUUUAAACAACUCAACGAGUACAAGGUGAUUGUAUGAUACACUAAAUCCUUGUUGAGCCGUAAAUUGAUAGGAGUGGUCCCCGGCAGUAGCCCGUACAUGCUGGUGAUGAGGUGUUCGGAAUCAGCUGCUUUCGGGUGGAGUCCGUCACUGUUAGAUCCUGUAAAGAACAAAAGAAUUGACAACAGUAUCAGCAAAAUGAUUCUGACAGCUAUAUUAUUCAUAAACGUCAUUGAAAUUCUCAUUUUUUCAACCAGCCAUGCCCUUUUUAAAAGUUAAAAAAUGAGCUGUCAUAAAGUUUUGUUGAGCAGAAUGACGUAAAGAAUGGGCUCGAGAAUUACUUUUUACAGUACAGAAGGAUUUAUUACCUAAUAUGAAACAUAAAGGUUCAUCAAAGAGUAUGCAAUGAAUUGACUGCACGGCCAUUACCCCUAUGUGCCUGCAUGACAUUGUAUAGCGUCCGGCAGAAUGAAGACUUAAAGAGCCACUUCCGCAAAGGGCCCCCGAAACUCCUUGAAUCGGUCUAAAAAUGUCACCAUCAUCUCCAUGAAUGGUCAGACUAACUUGUGCCCCUUUCACAAGAUAACUUACAAACAAUCACAUCUUAAUUAAUCACUUAAAUAAUUGUUUCCGCCUCCCUAUACCCGUGACCGGAGAUUGACUUCAGGCUAUUUUUCGAUGUCCCCGACAGCGGUGAAAGUUUUAAAGAAAAGGGUGAUCAAAAUAAGAAUAGUGCUGCCUCAACGACAGGAAGAGGUUGAGGUAAGCAAGGGGUUAUAUCUGUCGUUUGGUGUAAAUUAAAUUAAUUGCAAUUAGCUAUCAUGUGAGGUCAAUCACAAACGAAAUAAUUGAACCCACGUUAUACUAUAGUCAUACCGAUGAGACUGAUAGCAGACGGACACCAGACCUAUAUAAUUAUCUUAACCUCGAAUGACUAUAAGAUUCGGCUGGUUUGCAGUCGAUUGGGUGUCGGUUUGGUGGUGUGACGGAGGUGUUUGGUAGGAUGAGUCUAGUUGAAUAUAGAGAGACCCUAACAUUGAUAAAUGUGGUCUCUUUUGUAAGCCUUUUGUCUGUUAAAUUAUUAAUCGAAAGUGAAUAAAGGGGUGUAGCUUUCCGGUCUUUUAUGGCGUUAUCAUAAUUUCAAGCGAUAUUGAUAGAACAUGGAGGGGAAAAUGAAUUGGUACCGUUAAUACUUCAAUUUAACUUUUAUAAUAUAUUUCACAGUCAUCGAAUAUUAUAUUAUGCUGCAGAAAUAGCAAUAGAGAAGGAUUUGGGUCAUUAAGAAAAAAAAUCUACAUAUUAUAAUCAUGUCUUAUACAGUAUGGUUUCGAACUGGACCCGGAAGACCUGUGGCAAUUUUUUUGCAAUACAACAAGUUUUCCCGUUUUCACAGUUGCUGCACUGUAAUAGUUUUCUUUGCUGCUAACAUGGUAAUCCUCGAUCGAAAAGAUAUGUUUGUUUUUAAAUACUAAACUUUGAUCAUUUCCUGAAGAACAUUCUAAAUUUCAUGCGGGUCAUGAAACACUGUAAUAUAUUGACGAUGUAAGGAACAGUUUAAUUUCUGUGGUUAUUCAUGUCUGUCGUUUGUCGUUAAAAUCAUGGAUAAUAAUAAUGAAAUUGACAGACUAGACCAUAAUGUUGAUUAUCUCGUACUCGGUCAGCUGUUAGUUUUAUAGUGUAAGUUAAUGUUUGUGUUUAAAGCAGUUGAACUGAAUUAAACCAUUCUGGUCAUGUCUGGUUAUAAUUUAAAAUAAAAUUUUAAAACGUAUUGCACUUCAUA